GUGUGAGAGAGACUGCUGCAGAGGGACGGGGAUGCACACGCUGCGGGAUUGUCACGCACACAACGAAAUCUGCGGGGAUAUUUCUUUUACUUGCACUCCGUAUUUUGAUGAGCAGUUUUUUUUUGUUUUUCUCUCUUCUGGCUUGAUUAUUUCUUUUUAACACUGGAUGAAAGGAUAUUUAGGAAUAAUUAGCGGUUGGUAGAGGAUGACAUUUGACCAAUUCUUUCGUCUUUAGAGACAGCUUGGGUCCGACGCGGAGGACGCGCACAACGCAGCUAAAUAUUCUUCCGGAUUACCGCACUCUCGCACUACUUUAAACGUACCACCAUGAAACGUGCCGGUGAAUGAUUUUGCCAGCAAACCGUGGGUCCACUCGUUACGUGCCGUCAUCCUUCCUCGAGCCCCGCUCCAGAUGAGAGAUUCCCCCGGUGGACCUGAACCGUUUUUACGCAGAGAGUCCCCGGAGCGCAGCAUCGCAGACGCCAGCGGUGACCAUCACCGGAGAGGGGCGGAGAGACCGUCCGUUUCCGUACCCACUUCUUGUCCUCCAGCGGAUCCCGCGCGUCAGGCUAAAAGGCUUCCUAUCCGGAUCGUGAAGAUGUUGACGGCGCACAGCGGCCACUUGCUGCACCCGGAGUAUCUCCAGCCACUCACAUCCGCGCCAGUCAGCAUUGAACUGGAUGCCAAGAAGAGUCCUUUGGCUCUGCUGGCCCAGACCUGCUCUCAAAUUGGCAAACCAGAUCCCCCCUCCUCUUCCAAGCUGGCCUCCCUUUCCUCAGGCAGUCUAGGAGACAAGGAAUCAUCAAGCCGUUCCUCCAAGUCCGGAGAGCAGCACCAGUCCCAUGAAGACAAGUCCAGCUUCAAGCCUUACUCCAAGUCAUCAGGCGACAGCCGUAAGGACGUUCUUGUGUCAAAGGGGCAUUCAGAUAAAGCAGCCUUCAGGGUGCCAAGCGGAAGCUCCGGCAGUAACGCGGCUCCGUGUCCAUCCUUUCCUCCCCAUUCCCAGUCGCCCAGCUCCAGCCCUCCUCCCAUGCACACACAGAGCCAGAGCCACAGACAAAGCCAUUCCCCCUCCACGCAGCCCCCGUCACACUCCCAGGCCUCGCACAUGGACAGCAAAAGUGGAAGCUCGGAGCAGUCCAGCUCGGACAGUAAUAGCAACAGCGCUGGCAAAAAAGACUCAGAUAAGUCAGGAAUGGACGGGGCUCAGUUAGCCAACUCCAGCCACAUACGGGCCAGCGCCAACUCCAGCAACGCCAGCUCCGCCGGCAGCCCGCGUCCGGAGAGCAAGUCCGACCCACAGGUCUCCUCGCAGUCCGGCUUGGGCUCCGGGCACAUCGCCCCCGUCUCCCCUUACAAACCAGGACAUUCUGUCUUCCCUAUGUCUCCCGCUACCAUGGGCUACCACGGCUCCAUCGUGGGGGCCUACGCUGGCUACCCCUCCCAGUUUGUUCCCGGAUUGGAUCACGCCAAGUCCAGUUUGGGGUUAGGACUUCCUGGGAAGCACCCGAGCUCCAGCCCGCUCACCGGAGCCUCACCUCCAUCGCUGAUGCAGGGCUUGUGCCGAGACCCGUACUGUCUGACGUACCCCAACGCACCCCAUCUGGGAGGAAGCAACUGCUCCACCUGCGUCCACGAUCCGUCCAGCCUCAAGUCCGGUUUCCCCCUGGUUUACCCAUCCCACCACCUCCACUCCCUGCACCCCAGCUCCUUGUCAAGCAGCACCGCCCCCACCCUGUCUCACCCCCUCUACACCUACGGAUUCAUGCUCCCCAACGACCCACAGCCUCACGCUUGUAACUGGGUGUCUGUCGGAGGGCCCUGUGACAAGCGGUUCGCCACGUCGGAGGAGCUACUAGCCCACUUGCGCACCCACACAGCAAUGCACGGCAUGGUGGACAGCAAGCUGUUGUCGGCCUACCCCUCAUCGGUGUCAUCGACAGCCUCCUGUCACCUCCACCUGUCCCCGCACAGCAGUCCCGGUACCCUGCCCGGCUCCUUCUCCCUCAGAGGCUCUCCCGGCUUGGGCCUGGCUCGCUACCACCCCUACAGCAAAUCCCACCUUCAAGGGCCACCGGGACUUCCCAUGACCAACUUCCCCUCCUCGGCCUAUUACUCCCCCUAUGCCCUCUACAGUCAGAGACUGGGCUCGGCCUCGGCCCUUGGAUACCAGUGAUAUAUCCGAAAUAGCGGUGGCGUCAAAAGACUGCCGGCACCAGCUUGGGCUCUGCAGAGCGUCUCGGAGGAUGGAUUCUUGAGAUCGGGGGCAUCGCGCCCGAUGGCCCGCCUGCCAGGAAUACCACCUGACUCAGGAUCGUGACUGACGCUCCCAAGGCGCAACAGACUUUAGUCAUUGAAGACGGCAGAGCUUGAAAUAAUGGAAUUGUGGGAUUAUUACAGUCUAUAACAGUCUUGAUUUCUCUUUUUAUUUCGGUUGUCUCUAAAUCUGUCUCCCAGAACUGAAAGUCUGUAUUUAUUUUUCACUUAAGCGCUUGGUAUUC